UGAAAUCUAUAUUUAAAGAGGGACUGGAAUUAUAAUUUAUAUGAAGAUGUUAGAAAAGAAAAUGAAAGAUAUACAAGGGAUUAUAAAUAUAUUAUCUUCUCGACCUUCAUUAGAAGAAUUGUCAAGUGUUUUAGAGGAUAUUUUUAGAUUUCAAGAAAAAGAGGAAAUUGUUAAUAGUGAAAAUACAAAAAUAAUGAAUAUUUUAACAAAUGAAAUAUUACCAGAAUAUUUACCAUUGAUUCUUUCAAAAGAUAUAACAUUAUUGGGAGAAAAAGUGAAGAAGUUUUUAUUAGGAUGUUUAAGUAGUGUUUCAGGAAUUAAGGCUAUUUUAUUAAGAAUUAAAAAAAUAACAAUGGAAAAUGGGAAUUCUUUUUUUUUUCAACACAUUGCAGAGUUAUUAGAAAUCCUUCAAGUGAUUUUUUGUAAUGAAGGAAGAUUAAUAUUAAUAUGGAUGAGAUGUCAUUUUGGAAUAAAUGAAAAUGAGAAUGUUAAAUCAUUUUCGUCUCUUAUUUGGGACGAAUAUGUAUCAUUAAUUGCAGGAGGGAAAUUACUUGGAAUUGCAUCAGAAGGAUUGGUUAAAUUAUGGAAAUAUUGUGAAAUUGAUCAACGUCCUGUUUUUUGGAUAGCAGAUGGCUCGAAAUAUGUGGAACAUUUUGGAAAUGAAAUAGUAGCAUCACUAAAUGACACUAGAUUUAAUGAAAAGAUGGAAAAAGAUUUCUCUGUAUUAACUGGCAGAUUAUUUAAUCUUGGUUACACAGCUCAAAUCAUUUCUUCUUUUUUUAGAAAUGAAACUAUAACACACGAUUAUUUAUUACGUCUUGAUAGGAUUGUGAAACAUUUUACAUCUUUUCAAAAAACUAUGUAUAUUCAUUCCUUAUUUUCUUUUUUUGAUAAAAAGUAUUUUCAAAAUACAGAGAAUUUUUUUGAAAAGUUGGAUAUAUGUCAUGAACUAUAUGUUUCUGAAGUAGAAAUGAUUUCAACUAUAAUAAAGGAUAUUUUAGAGAUGGACAAUGAUAUCAUUGAUAUUGUUAAUAAUUGGUUUUUGAACUUUAAUUCAAAAACAAAUAUUUAUACUAAAAAGGCAAUAGUCAAUUCUUAUUGCUCUUUUACAAAUGAUUUAGAAGCUGAUGAUAAUAUACUUGUAAGAUUGUGUUCAAAAUGGUCAAAUAAGAUUUUUAUAAAUCAUGUACCAGUUAUAGAACAAGAAGAUUUAACUCAAAAAUUUCUUUUGUUUGCAGCUUUUGUACCUAGAAAUAUUUUAGAGAAGUUAAGCCAUUCUAAUGCAUAUUUGAAUGGGUUGACAAAUAGAUUAUCUUCAUCUUCUGAAAGAGUACGAUUUUUAGGUAUGAUUGUAGGUGAAUCUGUAACAAGAAAACUCUUUCCAAAUGAUGAGAAGAAAUGGCUCACUUUUAAUGUUGAAAGUACACUUACUUCUGAAUCUAAUUGGUGGAGAAAUAUUAUAAAUGUUGAUAAUAUCACAAACAUAAAAAGUUUAUCUUUAGAAGCUACAGAUAAACAUUGCAGUUCUUCAUUAAGCUCUAAGAAGGAUACUAUCAAGGAAUAUGAACGAAUUCAACCAAUUCAAGAAGAUGGUACUGUUGUCGCUAAGGAUGAUGAAUUUGUACCAUACGCUCUUCCUGAUUCUGAUGAUGAUUCUGAUAAUGAUUCUAAUGAUGAUUCUGAUGAUGAUCCUGCGUUUACAGAAAAAAAUAAAAAGAUUAAUGCACCUGUAUAUAUACGUGAAUUGAUAUCUAUGUUAAAAGAUAAUACAUCUUAUCCGAAAUUACAUAUGGCUCUCAAAACUUCUCCUAAUCUUAUAAGACGUAAAGCAAAUUUUGGAACAGAACUUACCAAAGAAGCAAUUACUUUGGCACAAAUUAUAAGUAGUAUGAAUGAUGAAUUUAAUAUGGAUAAAUUUAUAGAAUUAAAACAAGAAUCAAUGACAGCUUUAGUAGCAACUUGUCCUGAAUUAGUUGCUUCAUAUUUUAUUGAGCAAUAUUUUACUGGUGAUAUUUCCAUACAGCAACGUUAUAUGAUACUAUCUGCUUUAGCAUUAGGUGCAAGAGAAAUAUCCGGUAUAGAUUCUUCUAAAAAUAAGAUGUUUCCAUCUAAAAUUUUAGCUUCAAAAUUUCAUCAACAAUAUAUAUCUCCAAUUGAUAUAAUCGUAAAAGAAAUGAAUCUCUUAUCAGUAAAGCAGAAUGUUUCAAAUCUUACAAAUAUAGAUUCUUUAGAUUCUAUUAAUCCUUUAAAAGUAAGACGGUUUUCAAAAAAAACUGAAAUAAUGAAAAAUAAACAACUUCCUAAGGCAAAUCCUUUGGCUCCAAUUGCUGGAAAAUCUUUUAUCUUUCCAAUGAUUGGUUAUUGGUUUCUUUACACAAAAGAUACAUCUAAUAAUUAUUUUCAUUACGAACCAUUACUUUUAAGUCAAUUUUUAAAAACUAUUGCAAUCAUCUUUCAAGCUAGUUAUCCUGCUUCUUCUCAACAUGAAAUUUUACAUGAAAUAUGGGAAUUCUCUUUUUUUCUUCAAAAUCAAACCGAUCUCAUUAUAAAAAAUGCAUUAUUGUUUCUAAUUCUAACUCUUUUGGAAAUAACUGAUGAAAAAUUAUUAAUUCAAAAAUAUUCACAUGAACUCGUACAAUCCCGUCAUUGGGUUUCUGCAAUUCUUGAAAAUGCAUCUGAAGAAGAAACAAGACUUUUAUCUUCUUGUAUUAUUCUUCGUAUUACAUCUUUGUUUGAAUCUUAUAAAAACACUUUUAUUUAUCCUUUUUCAAAUAUUAUUGAUAUACAAAAAUUUAAAUCUUAAUAAUCAAUUGUUUUAAUAUUUUUAUUAAAAAGAUUAUUUUAU